AUGACUGAGAGUCGGUCGAUCAUUUUCAGCUCGGUACAACGUCAUUGGCUUGAGGGUCUGUACAACCUCGAGACUGCUGCGCUCGAAGCCGUUCUGGAUCUCAUCAAGCUCGUUCAACCUGACCAGCGUGCUCAAUAUGUGUUUGGAAAACGAGAAACAGGAGAAGAGCUGGAUGGCUACGGCGCCGAGUUCGCUGCGGAUCGCUGCCCCAUCUGGCAUUCCAGCCAAGGUGACUGGUCAAUCCAAGAUGUCGGCUACAAGCAUCACUGCGACCGUCGCAGCUGCACCAGCAGUUGGUGGUCCCAAAAGCAAUCCAAUCCAGCGCAUGCGACCGAUUUCAAGUUCGGUUGA